AUGAAGUGGGUGCUCCUGGUCUUGGCUUGCUUCCAGCUGUCAGAUGGACUAUUGAAGAAGGGCAAGUCGAUUCGAGAAGUGAUGAAGGAGGAGGGUAUGCUGGAAGAUUACUUGAAGCACCAUAAAUUUGACCCAGCCAAAAAGUACAUCUUCAAUGAAUACAACGUUGCUUUUGAACCAAUGGCAUAUAUGGAUGCAUCCUACUAUGGAGAAAUCAGCAUUGGAACUCCACCUCAGAAUUUCUUGGUGCUGUUUGACACUGGCUCUUCCAACUUGUGGGUGCCUUCUAUCUACUGUAAGAGCCAGGCAUGCACCAGCCAUGCAAGAUUCAAUCCCAGCCAGUCUUCCACCUAUUCCACCAAUGGGCAAACCUUCUACCUGCAGUAUGGUAGCGGCAACCUCGCUGGAUAUUUUGGCUACGACACCAUGAGGCUGCAGAACAUUGAUGUCACUAACCAGGAAUUUGGCCUGAGUGAAAAUGAGCCUGGCGCCAACUUCAUUUAUGCCCAGUUUGAUGGCAUCCUGGGCAUGGCCUAUCCUUCUCUGGCAGUUGGGGGUGCUACAAUUGCCUUAGAGAAAAUGUUGCAGGAAAACCUCCUUUCACAGCCAAUCUUCAGCUUCUAUCUGAGCUCCCAGCCAACCUCUCAGUAUAGUGGUGAGGUUGUCUUUGGAGGUGUAGACACUCGUCUCUACUCUGGAGAGAUCUAUUGGGCUCCAGUCACCCAAGAACUUUAUUGGCAGAUUGGAAUUCAAAAGUUUUCUAUUGGGGAACAAGCUACUGGAUGGUGCAGUCAAGGUUGCCAGGCUAUUGUGGACACUGGAACAGCCCUCCUCACUGUUCCUCAGCAGUACAUGGGAAAUUUCCUGAAAGCUGUGGGUGCUCAGCAAAAUCAGUAUGGAGAGUAUGCGGUUGAUUGCAGCACCGUUCAGAAUUUGCCCACUAUCUCCUUCACCAUCAAUGGAGUUUCCUUCCCUCUGCCUCCCAGUGCCUACAUCCUCAAUAACAACGGCUACUGCACAGUUGGGAUUGAGCCCACCUAUCUGCCUUCCCAAAAUGGGCAGCCUCUCUGGAUCCUGGGAGAUGUCUUCCUCAGACAGUACUAUUCGGUCUAUGACAUGGGCAACAAUAGGGUUGGCUUUGCUACUGCUGCCUAG